AUGGGGAUCCCCGCGGAGGACGUUCUGGGGGAGCACAGAACCAGGCACAAGGUCAACCGAUUUCUCUACUCUAGAGAAACUGCCAUCAACUUCCGUGGAUUCCAAAACGACCUGGUAGCGAAGGAAAUACUCUGUGAUGAUGACCUAGAUCAGCACCACGGGUUAAUAGAUGCACUCUUUUUGGACUGGCGUACGGGCUUCGAAGCAGAACACACCAACGACCGUCAACAACAAAUGCUCACGAGCCCGCAGACCCCUGAGUCGUUCCCCCCGCAAGCAGCACUGCCCCCUCCCCAAGAAGAUGAUGCUCCGACGGCCACGAUCGUGGAAAUGUUGGAGCAGGCUCUCGAGAGCAUCGAUCCAGACUGGCCAUGGAAGGACGGGGCCAUAACAGGUCUUUUACUUCCUGGCCACCCAGUCCAUCGCUCGGUAGCCGUGAACAGAAUUGAAAGCUCGCUCCCCGAGAGCUACAUCCAAGCCUCGACAUUGAAUAAAAGAAAGAUCAAGUGCAAGGGACCUACAAUCAAUCUCGACUGGAAGAGCUUGGGACCGACUCGCAACAGCGACCAAACUGUGCAGAAGACCUGUUUCCAUGUGAUCGACGAGACAGCGGCUACUCAGGCUGGCUUUGGUUUUGACAUGAUUGUCGGCACUGAUCACAGUCUUCCCCUCAAGUUACGGACCUGGCUCUUGGAGCGGAUGAAAUCAGGUCGGUUGCCUCUGACGGGGGUCCUUCUGAAGACUUUCGCAGAUCUCCCUCUCCACGUGGCCGCCCGCCCUCUCGACCUCUCAGCCCGACCUCUCGAUAUAGCAGCGCGCCGUCUCGGCAUCACAUCACGCCCUCUCGGCAUCGCAGCCCGCAGCCUGCUACCCCCACUUAAUUGGUGA